AUGCACCGAGUCCAAACGUCCGACAAAAUCGUUAUUCUUGGGUGUGGGUGCUUCGGCGCCUCCGCUGCAUUCCACUUAAUGCAGAGGGGGUAUGCGAAUGUCACCGUACUCGACAAAUCAGCCACUCUACCCGCUCCGGAUGCUGCCAGUAACGAUAUCAAUCGCAUCGUUAGAUCCUCGUACAAUGACAAAUUCUACGCCGAACUCGCUCGCCAUGCUAUCCUGUCCUGGAAGAACGUGGAGGAAUGGGAUGAUACCUAUCAUGAAUCUGGUGUUGUCGUUCUCGGAUUCCCUUUGACUGACUCGAAGGAUGGCGGGACCGACACCAGUGCGACCCCAGAAAGGGAAAUCCCGUAUGCGGAGGCUGCGUAUCUCAAUGAUCUGGAUUUAGGCGCCAGGGUAUCCUUAUUGCGAUCAAACUCGAAGGAAGACUUUCAAUCCGUGUUCCCAGCCGGCGUGAGCGUGACAAGCAGGGGUUUGCCAGCGUCGUUUCGAAACAGGGCCGGUUAUUUCAACCGAGAUGGGGGAUGGGUAAACGCCGGAAAAGGGUUGGCAAUGAUUAUUGAGAAGGUGAAGAAGCUUGGUGGAAACGUUGUACCCGGGAAGGAAGCCAGAAACAUCAUCGUUGAUCCUGGGAAGUGUAAGAAAGUAGUUUGCGCUGACGGCACAGAAUAUGAAGCAGACAUCGUAAUUAUUGCCACUGGAUCCUGGACACCAUCGACAUUCCCUGAACUCUUCAAGGACUCUUGUCUUGCCACCGGCCAAUGCGUUGCGAUGAUAGAGCUCACGCCCGAGGAGGCCGCGAGAUGCAAAGACUGCCCAGUCGUGCUCGACUUUGAAACAGGGUUCUAUGUCUUCCCUGACCGAAUUAUGAAGAUGGCCAUCCACGCAGCCGGGUAUACCAACACCGUCGCGGGUAUAUCUACACCGCGCACCUUGACUUCAGAUCCCACAGACGGGCUGAGUAUCCCAAUGGAAGCGAUGGCCAAGCUGCGCGAAGGGUUGGUGGGCGUCUAUCCAGAAUUCCAGGAACGGCCCUUUUGCGCAACAAGACUGUGUUGGUAA